UGUCGUUACAUUUCUAUGUGAAAUGCUUUCAAAAACGAUUUGAAGGCCGUACCAAAGGAUGUCUUCGUCCCCUGUGCCUAGUCACCGUGUUGUUGAGGCUGUACAAGCUUUACGUGUAUUAAGAGAACAAAAUGAUACUAAAACAAGACAUUCACUGUUAAAGGAUAACGAGGACUUUAUUUUCUUAGUUGUCACCUUUAAGCAGCUUCCAGAAAGAAAGUCUUGGAAACCAUGCGCUCUUCCUCUGCCGCAUCCUAUUUAUGUUGCAGGGGAAUCUGAAGUUUGCUUUAUUGUUAAAGACCCACAACGUCAAAUCAAAGAUUAUAUUGCUGACCACCACAUCAGUGGCAUAAGCAAAGUUAUAGGAGUGUCCAAGUUACGAAAGAAAUAUUCUACGUUUGCCUUGAAAAGACAAUUUGUACAGGCAUAUGACCUUUUUUUGGCAGACGAUCGAGUUGUUCCAAUGCUUGCUAAAACUCUGGGAAAGGAGUGCUUUCGAAAGAAAAAAGUUCCGAUACCAAUACGUAUGAAUAAAGAUAUAGGACGUGAUGUUCAAAGAGCACUCAACAGAACCUAUUUAUUUUGUGUGGAAGGACCUUGUUCAAGUGCCAGGAUAGGAAAGAUGAGUUUUGACAAUGACGCCAUUAUAGAAAAUGUUUUGAGUUGUGUGGGAACUUUGUUUGAGUCAAGUCCCGGUGGCUGGGAGAAUAUUCAGAGCUUAUUGUUGAAAACCGUAGAUUCAUUGGCCUUGCCUAUAUUUCAGAGUUAUACAAAACAUGAAUCUGUUCUUAAAGAAACAAUAUGUAGCAAAUAAAGCAAACGUAUGACAACUUUUCUAAGCAAUUGAAUGACGACCCAAAAAUGGAGACGCGGUGUCCAUUUUCGCA